AUGCCUAUCAAUCAGCCAUCCAAUCAAAUACGACUCACUAAUGUCUCUUUGGUUCGUAUGAAAAAAGGGAAGAAGAAAUUUGAAUUGGCCUGCUACAACAAUAAGAUCCAAGAUUACAGAUCAGGAGUAGAAAAGGAUCUAGAUGAGGUGUUGCAAAUUCAUCAAGUGUUUUUGAACGUGUCAAAAGGUCUUGUUGCUCCACACAAUGAACUUGUUAAAGCAUUUCAAAAAAGUGAUAUUGAAGAAAUUAUUUUAGAGAUUCUUAAUAAGGGUGAAAUUCAAUUGAAUGAAAAAGAAAGGGAUCAGAAAAUUAAGCAAAUAACCAAUGAAAUUGUGACAUUAAUAUCGACGAAAUGCGUUAAUCCAAAUACUAAAAAAAGAUAUUCUCCCUCGAUGAUCCUUAAAACUUUAAAUCAGUUGAAAUAUCAUAUUUUACCUACUAAACCAGCCAAGGUUCAAGCAUUAGAUGCCAUCAAAGUUUUGGUGUCCAAACAAAUUAUUCCGAUAGCAAGAGCACAAAUGGAGAUUAAGAUUGAUUCUGAUUUAAAAUUUUACAAGAGUCACGCCGAAAAAAUUAAAAGCUUGAUUGAAAAUAUUGAAAACGAAACAUUUACUAAAGAUAGGUGGGAAUGCUUUGCUUUAAUAGAUCCUGCCAAUUAUAAAGAGUUGAAGACUUUUAAGUUUUCAUUAGAAGUAUUGGACGCAGCAGUUAUCAGUACUAGUGAGGGCAAAUAUAAAUAA